AUGGGCAAACCGCCGCCUCUCGACCCCCGCCCCACAGCGAUGCAACCUGAGCAACGUGACGCCUGGACCUGGAGUUUCAACCGUCUCGUUCGGAUUGCGAUUCUCGCCGCUGCUCUCUGUGUCGGUUUCAUCGGUCUCUACCAGACGCUGCAUCCUCCGUUCAACCCCCUCUGGUUUUCGUCCGGUGUCCUCACAAUGGCUACCUAUGAUCGUCGCUCGCCGCGCCCAUCGGACGAUGUUCCCGCCACCACGCCGCAGCCCAACAGGGUGCCGCUCGAGGCGCACAUUAUGAGUAUAUGCCCUGACGCCAAAUACUGCUUCCAGGACCUCAUUGUGCCGGCCAUGGAGAAGGUCCACGACAAGGUCGACUUCAAGCUCUCGUUCAUUGGAAAGUACGUGUGGUUCCCCAUCCCCAAAGCUGGCGAGUUGUUGUCGUUAGCUCAGACAUCUUAUCUGUCUUUUUUUUUUAGCGUCUCCGACUCCACCUCCGAUGUGGCGUGCAAACACGGCCCGAAAGAAUGUGUGGGGAACAUGUUAAUGCUCUGCGCUGCCAACCUGCCCUUCCCUUGCGACCAAAAAACCAAAUCCGACUGCAAAACCCCCACCAUCCGCUCUCUUGGCUUCGCCAACUGUUUGCUGCGCGACUAUAAAAACAUUCCCGACCGCGACCUGGUCGAAGGCUGCGCCCUGGAGCAUGGCAUUGACUUCAAGGAGCUCAACAAGUGUGCAAGCAGCCAGAGCGACCAGAAAGACGGAGAGCUCAGCGGCCUGGCCUUGCUGAGGGAAAGCUGUCGCCGAAGCCAGCAGGUCGGCGCUGUCAAGAGCUGCACUGUGAGAGUUGAUGAGAAAAAGUGGUGUGUUCUGGAUGGCGGCGACUGGAAGGAGUGCCAGAAGGAGGGUGCUGAGACCGUCGGUGGGCUUGUGAAAGAGAUAGAACGUCUGUAUAAAGAGAAAAAUUAA